GCCGAAGCCCCUCGACUGCCAGGCACCGAGGCGGGUCCGGAUUUGCCAGCUGGGCUCCGGCUCCAAUCCGGCAAGAUCGGAACGCACUCCGAGCGACCCAGGCCCGACGGCCGCCGCCGCACGCCCAGACUCGGCUUCGCCGCGCGCCCAGAAGAUGAAUCCGGCCUCGGCGCCCCAUCCGCUCCCGCCGCCCGGGCAGCAAGUGAUCCAUGUCACGCCGGACCUAGACACGGACCUCGAAGCCCUCUUCAACUCGGUCAUGAACCCCAAGCCCAGCUCCUGGCGGAAGAAGAUCCUGCCCGAGUCAUUCUUCAAGGAGCCGGACUCCGGCUCGCACUCGCGCCAGUCCAGCACCGACUCUUCGGGCGGCCACCCCGGGCCCCGGCUGCCCGGCGGCGCCCAGCACGUCCGCUCGCACUCGUCGCCCGCGUCCCUGCAGCUGGGCGCCGGCGCGGGCGCCGCGAUGAGCGCUGCGCAGCAGCACGCGCACCUCCGCCAGCAGUCCUACGACGUGACGGACGAGCUGCCGCUGCCCCCGGGCUGGGAGAUGACCUUCACGCCCACGGGCCAGAGGUACUUCCUCAAUCACAUAGAAAAAAUCACCACAUGGCAAGAUCCUAGGAAGGUGAUGAAUCAACCCUUGAAUCAUAUGAGUCUUCACCCUGCCGCCACUUCCACACCAGUGCCCCAGAGGCCCAUGGCCGUGUCCCAGCCGAAUCUCGUGAUGAGUCACCAGCACCAGCAGCAAAUGGCAUCCAGUACCCUGAGCCAGCAGAACCACCCUACUCAGAACCCAACAGCAGGGCUCCUGAGUAUGCCCAAUGCAUUGACCACUCAGCAACAGCAGCAGCAGAAACUCCGGCUUCAGAGGAUCCAGAUGGAGAGAGAGAGGAUUCGAAUGCGUCAAGAGGAGCUCAUGAGGCAGGAAGCUGCCCUCUGUAGACAGCUCCCCAUGGAAGCCGAGACUCUGGCCACGGUUCAGGCUGCUGUUAACCCCCCCGCCAUGACUCCAGACAUGAGAUCCAUCACUAAUAAUAACUCAGAUCCUUUCCUCAAUGGAGGGCCAUAUCAUUCGAGGGAACAGAGCACCGACAGCGGCCUGGGGCUAGGGUGCUACAGUGUCCCCACAACCCCGGAGGACUUCCUCAGCAACGUGGAUGAGAUGGACACAGGUAGAAGCAAAGCCUGCAAGGGAAAACGCAGGGCAGACACCCAUGAACAUCAAUCCUCAGCAGACCCGUUUCCCUGAUUUUCUGGACUGUCUCCCAGGAACCAAUGUGGACCUCGGAACUCUGGAAUCUGAAGAUCUUAUCCCCCUCUUCAAUGAUGUAGAGUCUGCUCUGAACAAAAGCGAGCCCUUUCUGACCUGGCUGUAGACAGUAGAUGGUAACCUGUGUGCAGCCAUGACCUGACAUUUCCUGGGCCUCUUGGGAAAAGCGGUGGAGCUGAGCAAGUCUGCAGGUGAACUGCUUUCUGCCCCCAUGACUCAUGCUCCCUCCUUUCUAUGUGGCCAGUUUAAUCAUUGCCUGGAUUUGAUUGACAGUAAACUAAGUUAAACAUAAAUAAAUAUUCUAUUUUUGUUUUCUGCAAGCCUGCAUUCCUGUGGUGGGUUAUGCAGAAUUGUGUACCUGUUUUUCUCUCUGUAGCCCCAUGACUAAGCUUUAUGGGUGUUGAAAUUUUUCAUCAAUUGAUUAUAAACCAUCAAAAGAUGACACAGGCAGUGAUUUCUGACAGGUGGCUCGGUCCAGGAAAUGUAUCCCAAAUGAGACCUGAUUUACUGUUUUAAAACUAUUGAUGACAAUAGUACUAAGUCCUUUAAAUAUUUACCUGAACUUUAAACAUCAUCAUAUGGAUAGUAAAAUUUUGCUGUAUGGAAUGCCAUGUAGUGCUGAAUCCAUGCUGGUUCUGAUGACUCUUUUUACUCUGUAUUUACAAAGGCACACAUGGUGUGCCUCUUGUAGUUUAUGCUCCAUCAUUUUGGGCAUAGUAUGUGCAUAGCUAGUCCUUCCAGGGGAGAGCAGCAGCAGCAUGCCAUAGUCCCUACACUGCGGAUCUUAUGAAUGAUACCCGUUUGCUACUAAUUAUGACCAUUUGAUAAACAAAACAUUUAAAAUUACAAGUUAUAUUUUUAAAAUAUUGCUGCUUAGAAAUUGAUGUUUAUUUUAUGAAGCACUAUAUUUUGUAGCUGAUGACAAAGGGCAGGCAAAUAUUUUUGAUGAAUCAGUGGCAACUGUAUUUUUGUCUUUUGAAAUUGUUCUGAAAACAUCAGGACACAUAGCUUUCAGUCCAAUGGCACACACAGCAAGAUAUUGCUUUUUAAAUUCUGAAGCCUUGUCAGUUUUGCUUUUAAGAUUUCAAGUUUUAAAAUAGUCUUAUCUAUGAAACUGUUUGAAGGAUGAAGCAGAUCUUUGACUGACAUUUUAAAAUAUGCCCUCUAGAUGGUGUAUGGUGGAGGCAUAUGCUUCUAAAUUCAGUAAAAGUGAUUCCUAAGUAUAUUAUCUUAAUCCUUUUGCUAUAAUUGGUAUAAAAAGGCAUGAAAUAUGUACUCAGUACCUCUUAUGUAACCAAAAAAUGUUUUUUUUUAUUAGCUUUUAAGGACUGAGAGAGUGCAUCAGAUUCACCUGGCAUGCACUCUGUCUGCCAAUGAAGUCCUCUGUUUAGUAUUUUCAACUGACGUUAUUUAUAAUAUGUAUAUGAAUUUAAUAUCUUUUUAAAAAGACAGUAAUUGAGGUCUCUGGGAGGAACCUUUCAAUUCCCAAGGGGACUUAUUCAUUUGGGAUCUUAAUUGAGAUCCUUUCAAUCUAUCAGAAUAUAGAUGGGCAGAGUACCUUUUAUCUUGUUGGAGAGAAAGCACGUGAAAAGGUCAGAGAUGAAGUAGUAAAGUUAUGGAAUGUAGUGGAAAGGAUACCAAUUGUGAAAUGAAAAACAAACUAGAGUACCCCAAAAGCAAGACAGGCAGAAGGUAUGAGCAGUGCACUCCCAAAACAAAACAACAAUUUUCAACUACAGCCUUUAUACCCAAAGACUGUUGUAGAAGAAAAGAAGGCUUUAGUGCACUUUAGGUGGCGGGGGAGGGGCAGGGAUGGAGCCCUGACAGUGCUGAUGCUGAGCAGCAGGUGGACAGGGCAUGAGCCUGCUGUGCUUCCUACACAACACAGUGAUUUCUUUUUCCUGAAGGACCCGUGGUUUAAGUUCCUUUUAUUUCUUCUCUCUCCAAGUGCUCCAAGAGAGAUGGGGGUGAUGUUUAUGUUGCUACUAAAUUGUAGGAAGCACUAUUCCUUUUUCUCUUGGGUUAGCAAUAAUUGCAAAAAGAGUUGUAUAUUCUAAGAAAAAAAAAAACAAGGGACCUAACAAAGCUGAGCAGUGUUACUGUAUUUUAAAAAAAUAUUUUUAUAGAUUCAUUUUCAGGUUAUUAAAUGUAAAAGAAACAGAUACCCCUCUUUUUUCCCUAAAGUAGUUAAAAUAUCAAUGAUUUAUAAUAUCAAUUUUUAGAAAUAAUUUCCUAAUAAGCUUGUGGCAUUAGAAAACACUAGAAUUUUUUAAGUGAAAUUAGUUAAAACAUUUGUUAAUAAACAUAACAAAUACUUUUUCAGAAUUAAAUAUGGACUCUGACUAUGAGCUUACUAAUAGAUAAAGCCAGAUAUAAUUUUUUGUGUUUGUUAUUAAGGCCAUAAAAUAUGGCCUUUGUUAAAGAACACUAAAACUAGAAAUCUAUGUAAGAAUAGCUUUUUAAAGGCUACUUCCUAUUAUUGUGAGUGUUAAAAACUCUGCAGGAUCAUGAUAAGGUGCUAUUUAUACUGUUUUUCUUAUUAGAAAACAACCGCCAGAAUAUCUAGUCUUUUUAGUUCUACAUCAAUCAACUUCAACAUUUCAUUCAGUUUUGCCAUAGAAAAGGCAUAUUAAAAUUGAAAUAGGAAAAUAAUUUCAUAUAUCUUUCUUUUUAGAUACCCCUUCCCCCGCCAUUAAACACAUUUUUUUGAAGUAAAUACAUUGUUAAAACCUAUUUGCAACUCUAUUCAAUCUAAGUAAUUCCUAGUGUUUCACCUUAGUAUUUAGGAGGUGAAAUUGCCAUCUUUCUCUGAUUACACAGUGUACCAGGAGCACGUAAAACGGG